AUGGUGCUAACAGACACUCCUCUCAAGGACGAAUUGGUAAAAGAAUUUCAACGAAGUAGAAAGAAAGCGAAGGCUGUAAAGAAAAAAAUCAUUAAGGAUAAAAAAGAUGCCGAGAAAGAUCUACACGUUCAACUGGAAGAAGACGAGCACGAAUCUUUUGUUCUGUCGACCAGUUCCAGUCAGGCGGCCGAUGUAGAUCCAGAUUCCAUAACGGGAGGCCCAGAUGAUAAUCGAGAGACUUGGGGCUCCAACACGGACUUUUUAUUAUCCAUCAUUGGAUUCGCGGUCGAUUUGGCUAACGUCUGGCGGUUUCCUUAUCUUUGUUAUAGAAACGGCGGAGGUGCAUUCUUAAUACCAUAUUCCUUAAUGUUAGUGUUUGGAGCUGUUCCAUUAUUUUAUAUGGAACUUAUACUUGGUCAGUUUUAUAGACAAGGACCUGUCAGUUUAUGGCGAAUAUGUCCUUUAUUUAAAGGUGUUGGAUUUUGCGCUGUUUUGGUGUCAUUUUAUGUAUCGUUUUAUUACAAUGUGAUACUUGCUUGGGCUCUAUAUUUUAUUGGAUCUAGCAUUACGUCAGAUCUUCCAUGGUUACAUUGUAAUAAUACAUGGAAUACAGAAAAAUGUUGGGAUAGUAUGAAUUCCAACAAUAGUUUUAGCCAGAAUCUCCUCAGAUUUGGUAAUGGAUCAACACGAACCAAUAAGCAUACUCCUGCGUCGGAAUUUUUUAACCGCGCUGUCUUAGAAAUGCAGUGGAGUGACGGUUUGCACGAGAUGGGAUCUCCAAAAUGGCAACUGGUACUUUGCCUAAUGUUUAUAUAUUUUUUACUGUACAUAUCGUUGUUCAAAGGUGUAAAAUCUACUGGUAAAGUAGUAUGGGUAACGGCAACAAUGCCUUACGUCGUUCUGACUAUAUUACUAAUAAGAGGAUUGAUGCUUCCAGGUGCUUUGAAAGGUAUUUCGUAUUAUCUUCAACCAGAAUUAUCAAAGCUUAGCAAAACACAGGUGUGGAUGGAUGCGGCUGUGCAAAUCUUUUAUUCUGUCGGUGCCGGCUUUGGAGUACAUCUUUCUUAUGCCAGUUAUAACACCUUUCAUAAUAAUUGUUACAGGGAUUGUAUUAUUACAACUAUAAUUAACUGUUUCACCAGUUUCUUUUCUGGAUUUGUAAUAUUUACAUAUUUGGGAUACAUGUCAUAUAAACAAGGUGUGCCCAUUGGUGAUGUUGCGACAGAAGGUCCAGGUCUAGUUUUUCAGGUAUAUCCAGAGGCAGUCGCCACUUUACCUGGCUCCCAGUUAUGGGCUAUUUUGUUUUUCUUCAUGCUAAUAAUGUUGGGAGUUGAUUCUGCCAUGGGCGGUUUGGAAUGUGUCAUAACUGGCCUAAUGGACGAAUUUUCCAGCUUUUUUAAGAAUAAGAAAUACUCCAGAGAAAUUUUUACUCUAGCAAUAAUUUUAUGUUCCUUUUGUGUGGCUUUAAUAAAUGUCACACCGGGUGGUAUUUAUAUGUUCCACUUGUUUGACACUUAUUCGGCAGGAAUUUCACUCCUGUGCUCAGCAAUUUUUGAAGCAGUUGCUGUUUCAUGGUUUUAUGGUCUUGAUAGAUUUUCGCAAGAUGUAGAAGCAAUGCUUGGUAUGAAACCAGGAUUGUAUUGGAGAGUUUGUUGGAAAUUUAUUAGUCCAUCUUUUAUCAUAGGUGUAGUGCUAUUUGGCCUAUUUCAUCAUGAACCUCUACACUAUAAUGACUACUUCUAUCCAUCAUGGGCGGAGUGGAUUGGGUGGGCUUUAACUCUUUCCUCUAUCAUAAUGAUUCCAAUUUUUGCAAUAAUACAAAUCUGCAAAACGAAAGGAUCCUUUACUGAGAAAUUAGCUUUGAGCAUCUCCCCUGUAGAAGAACACGAAGAAAUACGAAGAACUAAACUAGCAAGAAGAUUUAAAGCCAAACAUUGGUUUUAUGUGUAA